CAAUUCUCUACUCAAUAUCUGUCAUUCCGGUAUUGACAAUUGAGUAUCUUUUCCAUUUUAGGUGACUAAAUCUGGCUUAGAUCUUAAAAAUUAAAGUAAUCAAAAAAGGUUUACCCCAAAAGUAAUGCAUAUUUACGAUAAAAUAAUAAGACGAUUUCCCAGCGGCAUAGUUUACAGCUUUGCCUAUGGUUCCGGAGUCAAACAACAAGUUGGCUAUGAACGUGUGGCCCAACAAAAAUCUAAUGUUAUAGAUCUAGCUUUCUGUGUGGAGGACCCAGACAAAUGGCAUUUGGAGAACUUAGAAAAACAUUCCAGUCAUUAUUCAGGGUUCAGGAUACUUGGCAGUCAAUUUAUUGCAUCUUAUCAGAACAAUUUAGCGGCCAAAGUAUAUUUUAACACUUUGGUUCCAUUAACCGACAUAGGAGUUACCAUUAAGUAUGGAGUUAUUUCCAAAAAGCACCUCGAAAAGGACCUCAAUGACUGGACCCAUUUGUACUUUGCUGGUCGGCUGCAUAAACCUGUCGAACAGGUGAUUGCUGCCGAUGAUAGUUUACAGAAAGCACUGGGUCGAAACCUCAUGUCAGCAUUUGUAGUUGCCCUUCUUAUGCUUCCAGAAAGGUUCACUGACUUCGAACUGUUUCACACGAUAUCGAAAAUAAGCUACAGCGGGGAUUUUCGAAUGAUCUUCGGUGAGAAUAAGAACAAAGUUAAAAACAUUGUUUGUCCGCAAUUGGAAGAGUUCUUUAAAUUGUAUCAUCCCGCACUGAAACAACUGUCUCCUUAUGUAGCUUUAGGAACUGAGAGGGAAACGAACAAGAUAUUCUUUGAGCAGGACAAGUCUGAAAAAGUCAUCGAGCAUCACCUAAAGUCAUUACCAAUCCAUCUGCGGGAAAGAAUUCGCUGCAAUUCUGUGACAAAGGGCAGCUAUAUAGAUGUUGUUCAAUCGAUUUCAACGAAAAAUAACGUCCAGGACAUUUUGUCAAUGUCCCUACACGACAUUGUGUGGCGCAGUAGCAUAAAACAAUCAAUUAAGAAUAUACCCACUGCCGGUAUAUCUAAGUCUCUUAUUUAUAGUUAUAGGAAAGCCCUGAAAACAUUUCAGUAAAUCAUCAGGUACCUAUCUUCCUUCGAAUAUAAUAAAUGAGUUUAAAGCUAGUCGAAGAGUUCCUUUCAAUAGAUUAACUGCUAAGUAGAAUAAGAAUAAUAAAUGUUAUUUACAAUAAAAAUGCGUUUUUUUUCUUUUGUUUUCAUCAUAGAAAAUGAGCGAUUCAGACUCUAGCAGCAAAAAGAGAUCAGAAAAGAAACAUAAAAA